AUGUGGCAAAAGAAAAAUGUGUUGGAAGAGUUGAUAAAUCAUGUAGCAACACAAAAUGGGGAAGGAAAUGAUGUCAUUUCUCCAGUAUCAUUAGACAGAUGGUGCUUCUUCAACAAGCAACAUAAUUAUAUGAAAAGGUGGGAGUUAUCAUAUAGGAUUAAUUUAGCUUUAAAUAAUAGGAAAAGAAAACCUAAUAAAGAAAUUGGUGAUACUUUUUCAGCCAGGCAGCAUAAUUAUGUGAAAG